AUAGUAAGAGUUGCAUGGAGGCUAAAAGUAGAGCCAAGGGAGGGUCUGGGAGAAGAGGAUCCUCGUGGAGUUGAGAGAGAAGAGAGUUGAGAGUUGAGUAGAGAGUUUCUGUAUGAAGAGCACCAGACUGCCUGCAGUUAUGUUUACCCUGACAGAAGUGACCUUCCUCAAUGACAUCCACACCCGGUUCCAGACUCUAAAGCCUUGGUGGGAUGUCCUGAUGGACUAUUUAGUACUACUGAUGCUGAUGGUUUCUCUUCUCUCAGGUACUCUGUUAAUUUCUGUUGACCAUGUGAUCUGCUUGCCUUUGAAUGACAAGUUCAAUGAAACCACAGCAGGUAUGUCCAACUCUAGAGCUAAAGGGCACGCCAUCAGUGAUGAGUUUCUUGCUGCAAAGAGUGAUCACUCAUUCAGUCUUGACCACCAGCAGUAUCUGUACAUCAGCCAUGUCUGCUAUCAGAAGGCUUUGCCUUGGCUUUCGAAAUAUUUCCCUUAUUUGGCACUUGUCAACUCGUUGCUCUUAAUGGCAAGCAGCAAUUUCUGGUUCAGGUACCCUAAGACAUCAUCAAAAAUUGAACACUUCCUAUCCAUCCUCAGGAAAUGCUUUGAGUCACCUUGGACCACCAAAGCUCUCUCUGAAAUGGCCUGCCAGCACUCCCUUGGCCUGCCCAAAACCAUGGAUCCUGGAAGUUGUCAAGAACAACUUAUUUCUCCUUCAUCCUCUCCCAUCCUAGACUGGAAGGAUAGGGAGCAAGGCUGGGCACUCUUUGAAAAGAUCCACAGAUUCAGGGCACACACUGAAGGUGCCAGCUUGAUUUACAUGGUCUACAUGGGACAGACAAUCUUCAAAAUUGCAAAGGUUCUCACUGUGCUAAUCUACACCUCCAAGUGUGUAGGGACCAUUUCCUUCAAGCAUGUUUGCUGCCUAGAUACCAAAGACCUCAUUGGCUACUCCAAUUUUCUUUGUACCCACAGCUUGGCUUUCAUCCUGCAGAAGCUAACCGUUACCUAUCUGUUCUUGGUAUUCCUCUAUGGGAUAGUGGGGGCUUACCCACUCUUGUGGCUGAUACAACAACCAUUGCGGAAGUAUUCUUUUAAACAUGAAGGUAGUCACUUUCUUGAUAUUCCAGAUGUGUACAAUGACUUUGCUUUCCUGCUGCACAUGGCUGACCAGUGUGACCAACUGUACUCAAGGCGGUUUGCCAUCUUUCUCUCUGCCAUGAGUGAGAGCUGCCUGCUGGACAUCAGCUGUGACCGUGAGUUGGUACAGAAGAGCUGCAGCAGCAUGCAUAAUGACACUUGCAGUCAGGUAGAGAUGAGGCUUUGCAAGCUGCAAGGUUUUGCCCGGGGUCACCUUCUGUAACUUGCUGGCACUGAAGCUUGCAAUGGUCCCAGAACCACAGCUCCCAGAAAUGUGAGAACCAGCUGAGCUACACCUUUAGCAAUGCUCACUGGUCAAGGUGGAGCCCACUGACCUGUUAUGUCUUCAGGGAAUGUGGGUUCCACAUCACAUUUGCUGACAUUACUGAGAUUCCCCUGCUGUUACCUCUCUCAAGGGUCUCUGCCAGCUGCAUCUCUGGCAAUUUCAGCAAGAAAGUAACAAAGACUCUGCACAAACUUAAUAGCCCUCAAGUCUUUUAGUUCCAAGGCCAUUAGACAAAAUUUCUACUUCUUUAAGGAAGCUUUCCACCCAUUUCUUCAGUCUCAAUAUCCAAAGUGAUGGUAUCAAAUUGCUAGCACUGAGUUCUAAGGAGGAGGUGGCAUAACCAGCAGGCCCCUUUGGCACAGGCCCAUCAUGGUGGCUCAGAGUAUGCAGGACCUUGUUCUUUCUCAUAACAACAUAAGUUGCAAUCAUUUCCCAAUGCCUAAGAAAAUUAUUAUACCAAUUUCUCAGCUAAAAUCUCUUGCAUUUUAUCCUUCUGGAAACUGGGCUGCUGGUGUGUCUGCACUCCAGGGCAAUAGGAAAACUGGAAAAUGAUGCUGGGGAAAAUAAUUAAUCCCCACUGCCCCCAAGCUCUCUUAAAAAUGGGAACCCCUGUAGCUGCUUCAAAAGUAGAAAAGGAGAGAGAGAGAGUUAAGGAAUCAAAUUAUAUACCACCCACUUCACAACUGUUUCAGCCCUGAAAUAUUAGCAGAAAAAUAGAUCAGGGUAAUUUUCUUACCCUGUUCUCAGAAUAAAUACAAGAGUAGUUGCAAAUAAAUGUAUAAACAUUAUGACAUUUUAUACAAACAAUAUUUUAAAUUGUAAUUUUAACAAAAUUUUUAACAAAAAUAGUUUUAUUUUAAGGAUGCAAGUUGCUGUACCAGACUUCCCCAUUCUAAAAACACAUAUUUCUAGGCCAUUCAUAGGCUCCCCUGCAAAAGCAAACAGACAGUAUGGCCAGAUCUAUGCAGAGGUUCAGAAGAAAACUGUUCCUCCUAUUACUCCCUUUCUUCCCUCAAUCUCAGAUAUGAAGUUUAUAAGGUUUAUGACAUAUCUAGUGGUGGGUUAACGCAUAGGCAAAGUAGGCACUUGCCUACGGUGGCAAAUUUUGAGGAGCGGCAAAUUUGCCUAUGUGUUAAUCUGCCACUUGCACUUCAGGGGCAGGGGAAAGUUAAAUCUACUUGGAAAACUUUUAAAACCACUGCUGUGCAAAGGCGGUGAGAGCUCCUAGUGGGCUUGCUUGCCUCCCAAAUCAUGACAGGUCGUUGGGCCAUUUUCGUAUGUGCGUGUGGCAGGAUGGUGGGGGAGACCGCGGCGAGAGCUCCUCCCACAGGCCCACCUGCUUCCCAAAUGACGUUAGGCCAUUUCUGGCCCAUUUGGGCAUCUGCGCACAUGCACGCAAGGCCCGAAAUGAGCUGAAAACAUUUUAAAAGUAGAUUUAACCCACCCACCCCAAGCCCUUUACUUGCUGGGGUGGCAAAUCUCUGGUCACCUAUGGGCGGCAAAAAGCUUAAUCCGCUCCGGACAUAUCUCAUCUCUCUGCUGUGUCCCUAGUUCCAAGAGCAAACCAGGAAGAUGUCCCUAAUUUGCUUGCAUGUAAGGAAGGAUGUCAUAAAUUGAAGAGUACCAAAACUAAACCAAGCAGGUAAGAAGCGCUGUGCCUUCAGAAGAACUAAAUGACAUAUUGUGGCUUUUGUUCUGGCUGAGGCCAGAAUGUACUUUAACAGUAGCUAAGGCGACACAGAUUCUGUUACUAAAACAAGUGUUGACAAGCCACAGUAGAAGGGUUAAAGCCUAGAUGAGGUAGCCAAUAACAUAAAACCAAAUUUAAGUCUUUCAGUAGGAUGAUGUUAGGAUUUCUGCAAGGAUUUUUCUGUGCUGAGUUUGUAUUGUGUGGUACAUAGAUACAAAUUAAUGUAGAGGUUAUUAAUAAUAAUAAUGAUAAUGAAAAUAAUAAUAAGAAGACUUGAAGAAAGAAACAGAGGGUUUAAUACUGGCUGUGCAAGAACAGGCACCAAGAACAAAUGCAAUAAGAGCAAAAGUCGAAAAAUCCACCACAAACAGCAAGUGCCGCCUUUGUAAAGAAGCAGAUGAAACUGUGGACCACCUAAUCAGCUGUUGUAAAAAGAUCACACAGACUGACUACAAACAAAGGCAUGACAAGGUAGCAGGGAUGAUAUACUGGAACAUCUGCAAAAAAUACAAGCUACCUGUAGCCAAACAUUGGUGGGACCAUAAAAUUGAAAAAGUGGUAGAAAAUGAAGAUGUAAAACUAUUAUGGGAAUUCCAACUACAAACAGACAAACAUCUGCCACACAAUACACCAGAUAUAACUGUAGUUGAGAAGAAAGAAAAACAAGUCAAAAUAAUCGACACAGCAAUACCAGGGGAUAGCAGAAUAGAAGAAAAAGAAAUAGAAAAAAUCACAAAAUACAAAGAUCUACAAAUUGAAAUUGAAAGGCUGUGGCAGAAAAAGACCAAAAUAAUCCCAGUGGUAAUUAGCGCCCUGGUUGCAGUUCCAAAAGACCUUGAAGAGCACCUCAACACUAUAGGGGCCACAGAAAUCACCAUCAGCCAAUUACAAAAAGCAGCUUUACUGGGAACAGCCUAUAUUCUGCGACGAUAUCUAUAACCAUUGACAAUAAAAUUCUGGCAUCCCAGGUCCUUGGGAAGGACUCGAUGUCUGGAUAAAACAAACCAGUCAAUAACACCUGUCUGACUGUGUAAACACGAUAAUAAUGACAACAACAAUAAUAAUAUAAAAAAUAAUUGCCUGUUAGGAUGAGCGUGUGUGUGUGCACAUGUUCUUGAUCCCUGGCUUGAUCACCUGUUAAGGAACUGUAAUAAAGGCAUGAAAGUGA